AUGACCAGCGUACCCCCAAAUGUUCGAUUCGAGAUCGAUGAUGUCGAGGAACCAUGGACUUUUAGUGAGCCCUUCGACUACAUUCACAGCAGAAUGAUGAAGGGCAGCAUUCGCGACUGGAAAAAGUUCCUUCAAAGCAGUUUUGAUAACCUCACCCCUGGCGGAUAUCUUGAGCUGAACGAUAUCGACUUUUUCCCCUUGUCAGAUGAUGACACGAUUCCAAAGGAUAGUAAGCUUAUGAAGGCCUUCGAGUUUUGCUUUGAGGCUCUCGAAAAGAUGGGAUCGCCUUUCGAAGAGUUCAGCCGCUUCGAGACCCUGCUCGCCGAGGUUGGAUUCGAAGACAUCCAAGUGCAGCGUUUCAAGUGGCCUACGAACACGUGGCCCAAGGACAAAAAGCACAAGGACCUGGGCGAGUGGAAUCUCGAGAACCUUUCGCCCAAUUUGGACGGUCUUCUCAUGGCGCCGCUGACGCGAGCUCUGGACAUGAGCCAGGCAGAGGUCCAUGUUAUUGCAAUGGAGGCUCGUAAGGAGCUCGCGGAUAGACAGAUCCACGCCUAUUUCAAUGUGUGGUCCAUCCAUGGACGCAAGCCGGCGACGGCAGCGGCGAACUGA